CAGUGGGAGAUAUGGCUAGGAAUUUGCAAUAUCUUUUAAAACAUGUUAAGUUGGACUUAUAUUUCCCUGCAUUGGAAUAAAUUCCAUAAUGGAUGAAUCAAAUGUCUUCGACACAAAGUGAUACUGACGUUUCGUGGGUGACGUAGAUGACCACGUAUGAGCUGUCGCACGCGCCUCCGGCUCACGUCCUCGGUUGUCGUCUGCCUCGCUUUCACUUACAUUGUGCUGUUUAAUGGUUUGGCAUUGUAUAGUUUGACCAAAUCCACGUACACACCACCAUCUGUAGCUGUCAACAGAGGCCGUCUUUACCUGGCAUAUCUGGGUUUUAAAUCUUGGAAAUGUAAGACUCCACAUUUCUCAAAACAAGCUCUACCUCUUACUGCUUUAGUGAGUUUUCCAGGAUCUGGAAAUACAUGGGUCCGCCAUAUAUUACAACAAGCUACAGGUAUUAAUACCGGAAGUGUCUAUAGAGACUAUGUUCUGAAGGUUUUGGGAUUUCCUGGAGAGGGCGUGCAGAACUCCUCGGUGCUGGUCAUUAAGACACACGAAUGGGGUGUAACUGAGAGGGAGAAAUAUCAAAGGGCCAUUUUAGUCCUCCGAAAUCCCAAAGAUUCCCUGCUGGCAGAAUUUAAUAGAAAGAACGCUGGCCACAUUGGUCAUGCAAAGACAGAAGACUUCAAACAAAAAUGGAUACCAUACGUCAAUAAUUCGGCGAGGCACUGGUUAAAUAUGACUAAGGACUGGCUAAAUUUCACCGGCGAUUUACACAUUGUGAGAUACGAACAGCUCAAAGCUGACCCUAUCAACGAAAUUAAACGUUUGCUUAACUUUCUACAAAUACACAUAUCACAAGAGGAGUUGAUGUGCGUUUAUCAGAAUAUGAAUGGACGGUUUAAACGACCUAGGAAGAAUGUUACAGACUAUGGCCCAUAUUCAUCCGAAAUGAGGAGUAUCUUAGUGCAAUAUGAACAGCAAAUUAACGAAAUAAUUGACCAGCGAUACAGAUAUACACCACCAAAAAAUUAUACAUGAGUCCUUUUCUUUUUGAUUUGAUUAUUUUUAAAGUUAGUUUACAUGUUUAUUAUAAGUGGAAUAAAAUAUGACUUUUACGCAA